CAGGAAGAGCUGAAAUCAGCCAUGAAGGUGGCAGCCGUGAGUUCUCUUGUCUUGCUGGCGUUAGUCUCCGCUUGCACCUGCGCCCCGACGGACGGAGAUGGAAGCGAAAUGUUCAUCCCUACACCAGAGAUGAUUAAGGCCUUCAUUCCCACACCGGAGGAAAUAGCCGCCCUUGCAGCCCUCCACACAACACCUGCUCCAGGGGCACCACCCCCACCCCCACCAUCUGGACCUCCAACCAUGCCCCCUGCUGUUGCUGCCCUGAUAGAGAAGUACAAGAGGGCCGUAGCUGCUUUCUACCCGUCAACACCAAUGAGCUAAACUUCUGGAUGACUUAUGACCCUUCUUCAACUCUGCGCGAGCAAGUUAUGCUCUUGCUCGCUUGGAGCGGCCAUCUUACCACUCACGGAUACUCAAAACCUCUGGAGGACUAUGUGAAAAAUCAAUAAUAAUGAGCGUUCUGUAUAAUGUACCUUUAUUUAGUUACUCCCAUCACUACAAAUUCUUCAUAUCUUUCUCUUUAACCAUUAUUUUUAUCUAUACUAUAUUCAUAGUUUUUCAAAAAUAAUAAAGAAACCCAAGACUGGCGAACGCAAAAUAUUGAGGUUUUUAUUUUAUUUUUUCCAACUAAUUAACUUAGAGGCGUCAAAUACUUCACUAAAUUGAAUUGCAUGGUCAACCAUUUACAACAAUUUCAAACUUUUUUUUUUCUUUGCAAAUGACGACAGUUGCAUAGAUAACAAAGAAAAAUCUUUGAGAUUUGAAAGAGUUUGACUUUCCGUAAGACUUUGUUUUUAUUUGAGACAAUUUAUUUUGCAGCAAUUAUUUCAGCAUGAAGAA